UCCUGAAUUUAUGAAAUGCAUGCCAUUUUCAGGGAUACAGCUGGCAGCGAUACAUUUUUCGAAACUUGCAAACCAUUUAUAAAUGCAGCCGAUGGUAUUGUGUUUGUGUAUGACGUAACAAGCGAAUACAGCUUUGUUGCAACAAAAGAACGGAUUAAAAAUCUUAAAGCCAAACUAGGCUUGGAUAGUUGUGAAAUGAUGAUUGUUGGCAAUAAGUGUGAUAUGGAAGAAUUCAGGGAAGUGAGCAGACUCAAAGGUUCUGAGCUGGCAAAUGAAUUUGGAGCAAAAUUCUUCGAAGUAAGUGCCAAAACUAACGCUAAUGUUCAGGAAGCAUUUACUACGUUGGUCGAAGCUAUAUUUGAUAGACAUAUGGAACUAACAUGGGUUACAGUUCCUGAAGAAAUCGUGCAAGACCCUUAUGCAUUACUGCUGUAUGAGAAAGCUUUGCAGGCCGGUAGAGAAAAGGAUAAAUCCAUUCGGGUAAACAUAGUCGGUAACUUCAGACAAGGUAAAACAACAUUAAUGAGAAGGUUGUUGGGGCAAGAAGUACGAGACAUUACAAGUACAAAUGGAAUAGUUUUGGAACAUUAUAGAUGUGAGAAAACCAAAAAUGGAAAAUUUCGAUACACCAAAGCAGACGACAUUGAUAAUUCGGAAUAUGUCAAACGACUGGUUUCUGUUGCUCUAAGAGAAGAGACUGAAGGUAAAGCACAUCAAACACAGUCUCUGACAAAACCAAACGCUUCACAGGGACAAAAACCAAAGGUACGUGAAGAUUCACCUAGUCAUAAUGAAGCUCGAGAUACACGAGAAAGCUUGGAUUCAGAAACAAAAAGUGUUUCAUUAACAGAAAACGAAAAACAUGAUGAUAUUUUGAAUAAAAUGCCUGUUUUAUCUCCCGAGGAUAAGGAGGUGUUUGUAAAAGCUCUGAGGACAAAUCAGUUAUCUUCAGAACCGGAAAGACAGACAAUGUUUGAUAUUUGGGAUUUUGGCGGGCAGUACAUUUUCUAUGCAACUCAUACAAUUUUUCAUAGCAGAAGGGCAAUUUAUCUGUUGGUGUUCGACUUGACUUUAGAUCUGAAUCAAUGUAUCACUGAUGAACAGUUUCCAGCAGAGGUGGAUACUAGGAACAUGAAAUAUUUUAUCCAGUUUUGGAUGAGUUCUAUCCAUUCGUUCGUCGGAUCAGCAGACGGCACUGUGCCGAAGGUUAUCUUAGUGGGAACCCACAAAGAUAAGUUGAAGGGAAUGAGAUACGAAAGAGAAAAGUAUAUCCAAAAGUAUUUUGCGGAUAUUAGAAAUAUAUUCAAUGGAACAAAUAUGUCACACCAUAUUUAUUUUGACGACUUUGCUGUUGAUAACACUAUCGCGAAAGAUCCAUCACUGAAUUUAUUACGUGAAACGAUUAUAAAAAUUGGAGAUGAACAAUCAGAAACAUUUGCAAUACCGCUUAAAUGGAUUCAGUUAGAAAAGUCACUGUUGGAAAGAAAACACCUCAAGCUUAUUUCUCUUCAGUUUGUCUUGGCGAUUGAUUCAGAGAAUGAAUUUCCAUUAGAUGAUAUAGAACAGGUGAAACUGUUCUUACGCUGCCAUCAUGCUAAAGGCACACUUGUUUAUUUUGAUGAAGCACCGAUAUCGGAAUAUGUUGUGCUUGAUCCUCAGUAUCUUAUAGAUGCAUUCAAGUGUAUUAUCACAAGCGAAAGAUUCUGCACAAAUGAUCCUAACAUUCGCCCUUUCUGGAAUAGGCUGCUGACAGAAGGAAGACUUGAGAAAGAUUUGAUUGACUGCCAGUGGGGUAAACCAGAAGACAAGUUCAAAAUGUAUAAAGAAAAUAAAGAAAUCUUGCUUUUAUUUCUGGCUAAACAUCACAUUAUAUCAGAAGCUGCGGUAUUUGAUGAAAACACACAACAGUCGACAGGACUUGGGUGGUUUGUAGUUCCAAGUCUGUUAAGUGACCACUCAUCGAAAACCGAGUUGAAGGAAUUUCUAACUGGAAAGAAAUGGACGAAACUCCGUUAUGUGUUUUUGUUCCAAACCUCUUCAAUAGUGGCAACAAUCUACCAUCGUUUAGUAUCAGCGUCAAUAGGAAAAUGGCCGAUAGCGAAAGCUGGCAAGAAAACUUUAAUUUUCAAAAGCAUGACUACAGUUCGGCUGAACAUUGGCCACGUUGGAAUAGUAGAGAUGAAACAUGACAGCAUCGAGAUGACAGUUGUAAGUCUUUGCCCUUCGACAGAUAUUCAAGGUGGACAAGGAGACAGUUUCCGUCGAUUUUCUGAAGCUGUUAUUUCAAAUGAAUUUCAGAGGCUGCGGACUACUGAAGAAACUCACACAAAACCUUACAAUAUUAGGUUCCGAUGCAAUCAUGAACAACAUGGUGUAGAUGGAAGUGAAAACUUAAUUGCAGUGGAAGAUAUGGAAGUCGAGACAGUAGUCUCAUGUCCCGACUUGAUGACCCACGAAAUCGAUGUAGAAAACGCAAAGAGAGAGUGGUUUCAAGACAACAGAAAGAUAACUGCUAUUCCAGACAACCAGCUAACAGACAAAUUACUCAGCAGCUUAUCACAGUGUAUUGGAGAAAACUGGCAAAUGCUUGGUCUUGAACUUGGGUUGACGCAAGUUCAGAUAGAUCAUAUUUUAGAAGACCAUCCACGUAGUGCAGUCAUGAGAAUAUAUGUCAUGCUUCGAAACUGGUUUCUUGAAGAAUCAGAUAAAGCUACGCUGCAGGUACUGGUUAAAACAAUACAACGAUGUCCGCACGUGCACGUUGAUUGGGACAAACUGAGGAACGUCAUAGAUGAAUUAAAUUGAAUUCAAAUGUAUCAAAAUGAGUUUAUGUAUGGAAAAAAUUAAAAUUGACGGUAAACAUCUCUGGCAGAAUGAUUGGGACAAAUUGAACCAUAUUACAUUACUAGAGAAACAGCUCUAUGGAUAUAUUAAUGUGUUUACCUACUUUUAACAUUUCUGUUUAAAUACAGAAGUAAUGCCCUUUUAAGCAGAAGUUUUGUACGAUAAAUAACAUCAAUGAAAAGGUAAAGAUAAAGGUUAUCUGUAUAUAAUGUUUAUACUUUAUUUGAAGUGACUGCAUUAUUGUUGACCACUAAACAAAUAGAGAAGAAAGCACAUUUGUGAAA